AUGAACGGCGAUCAUGGUCCUAUGCUGGACAAGAAUAAUAUUAUAAAUGUACGAGAUGGAGAAUCUCUGUAUCAAAUUUGCAUCAAACUGCGACGACGCUUGGCCGGUGUUCCUGGCUUUCAACCGUUUCUCGAUGAAAUGGAUGAGCGCGAAGCUGAGGGUUUGACGGAUCCCGUGUCCUCGUUGUGGCAAUGCUUUCGAAGCGGUCUGCCCCUGCUGACCAUAUUCAAUGCUUCCAACCCCGAACAAGAUAUCAAACUUGGCCCCACUCCCGCCCACAAAGUUGGAAAAGCCGCCACUAUGCUGUUCAUCAAGUCCUGCAUGGAACAAAUGGAUAUCCCCGUACAGGCCACUUUCAGUGUAUCCGAACUAUUUAGCGACAAUACCACCAACUUUGUCAAGGUAACAAAGCUCGUCAAUCGUGUGCUGGACAUCCUGGAAAUGAGUGGGAAAUUGCCUGAACUGACGGACAGUGGAGAAUCGCGUGAAGGAAGUGACAGUGGUGCCAGUGCUCCAGACCAGAGUCCCAAGACGAUGACCCGGAGGCAAUACAUUUUGAGGGAGCUUGUGGAGACGGAAAGACAAUACGUUCAUCAUCUUCAGAACUUGCAGGCACUGAAGAGGGAGUUGGAAGAAGUUGGCGCAUUGGGAGGUGACGCUAUCCACAAUAUCUUCCUGAAUCUGAACAACCUUCUGGAUUUCGCCCAACGAUUUCUCAUUCGAGUUGAACAACAAAAUGCAGUCCCUCCGGAUCAGCAAAAUUGGGGUCGACUGUUUGUCCAUUACAAAGAUCCCUUCCGACAGUAUGAGCCCUUUAUUGCCAAUCAGCGGAGAUGCGAGGCCACUUGUCAAGCGCAAUGGGACACCAUGGUUGCCACUGCCAGAUCAACCUUGACCCGGCAAAUGCUUGCAAACCCCACCAUUCUGAACGGCUUCUUAUUGAAACCGUUCCAGCGGCUGACCAAGUACCCACUGCUAUUAAAGGAUCUACAAAAUCAAACCGAGGAUGAGACUCUGAAGAAAGAUUUGAACAGCGCAAUUGGUAUCAUUCAAGAUGUGCUCAUGCAAGCUGAUGCUUCAAUCGACAAAGAAACUCGAGACGAUGCUCUACAGGAUCUACAGGAACGUAUCGAUGACUGGAAGCAAUUGCAAAUCAUGACCUUUGGUGAACUCCUGCUCCUGGGCAGCUUCAGCGUCAUGAAGGACAGUGGACUCCGGUCCGAUGAGAAGGAAUAUCAUAUCUAUCUUUUCAGCCGCAUAUUGAUCAUGUGCAAAGACGUCAACGCCAACAAGCCAAAGAACAGACUGGCAAAUACCCGUCAGACGCUGAGUAUGCGCGGAAAGCCAAAGAUGAACUUGAAAGGGCGGAUCUACUUCACGAAUGUCACAGGGGUCACACCCCAGUCCACUCCCGGCAACUAUUCGUUACAAAUCUCCUGGAAAGGUGAACCGGCGGUGGAAACGUUCAUCAUCAAAUUCAAGAGCGAUGAGACCUUACAAAAGUGGCACACCAUGAUCGAGACGCAGCGUUCAUCCUGCAUUUUGGAGGCCAGAACGAGGGGGACAUCUGAGACACAGCUACUUUCCCUUCAAGGAAUGAACAUGGAAAACCCAUAUUUGAACUCACAGGAUGACGAUGAGGACUACAGCAGGAUCUCUGGGACGACAUAUGGCGGCACCGAUACCACUGGAUAUUCCGAAUUUAGUAUGAGCAGAAAUGCGUCAAGCACCAGUCUCCGUUCUCGCUCUGCCACCGGUGGUAGUGGAGGAAGUAAUCGUCCCAUGCGCAUUCCCACUUCUGAAAUGGGUGGACUAACCUUGAACACUCGAGGUUUACCUGCUCAAUCACCAGGAGACUAUGCGGGCACUUCAUACUUCUCUCCUGUCGACAGAGACUCGUCAAUUCCACCCCAAUCAUCUAUAUCUUCGAGAUCCAGCUCGCAAUCUGCAUUUGCGGGCUACAAUAGAGGAACCACGCCGGUAAGUGCUGGCUUAUACCGACCUGAAGAGUCGCACCGGAACACUGCACCUGCAAUGGCACGGAAUCCCAAUGGACAAGUGAAUGGCAAUCCAUAUCUAAGCAACGGCGCUCGAUCACGUGGACCACCAUCAGCGGGGGGAAUGGCUCCCCGAAUGCGAUCGGCCAGCAGCCCCGAUGUCCACCCUAUGGUUCAACAAGGUCGCAAAUACGUUUCAGGCGAACAUGCUCCCAGUGUUCCGCCGAUUCCUGCACACAUGGCCAAACAGAUGGGCGCUCCCAACAGAAGCCAGAACAACUCUCCGAUCAAUAACCCACCAUCACGAGGGAACACUCCACACCAGCAAUAUGGCUUGCCUUCAAGUCAGCGUCCAGCAAUCCCUAAUCAUGGCUAUACUUACGAUCCGGCAUAUGGAGGAGAUCCAAGAAAACCAGGGCAUGCGACCUCAUUGUCACAAGGCAGAGCCUUCUCUCCUCCUGUGUCAUCACCCUCCAGUGAUGGCGAUCCGUAUCUCCCAACCCAAUUGAAAGCAAAGGUAUGCUUUGAUGAAAACUAUGUGUCGAUGAUCAUUGCCAGCAAUAUCCAAUUCCGGUCGUUGGCAGAGCGGAUCGACGCGAAAUUGGCGCGAUUCACGAACCAUUCCAUAUCAUCUGGUUCGGUCAGAUUACGAUAUCGGGAUGAGGACGGUGACUUUGUUCUUAUUGACAGUGACGAGGCGGUCCACGAAGCAUUGCUGGAUUGGCGUGAGACCCUGUCGUCCAAUCCCAAUGCACAAGCUGCAGAGCUGCUGUUGUUCGCGCACGUAGUGAGUGGUGAGGGUUCCACAAUCAGUGCCUGA